ACGCUUUUCUGUUGAAACUUGCGCAGGCGACAGCGGAGUAGGUCGUGAGUAGGUCGUACCCUCUCGCAGAGCGAGGCUUCCGCGCUUGCCAGGACGAGGAGCGAGAGACGAAGCGGGAGCUGUUGCGUCAGUUUGCAUUUCCCUGCAGGAAAGCGACAUAACGUUCCGAUUUUGCCGAGUCUUUUUCUCAAGAAACGAGUCGGCGCCGAGACGGCACCCCGUUUUUGGGUGGCGCUGCUGGGGCGUGACUCUUGGAACACCACCGCGUGAAUCUCCUCACGUUUUCAGCCGUUUGUCUGGACCUGCACACUUCCUUUGCCUUCACAAAACGAGGCCCUUUUUUCGCUCCUCCUCGCAUACGAGCACACAAGUAUGCAUAUGUAGCAACCUGUGGUCUGUGGUUUAUGUGGCGGUACAUCCGCUGCACUCCGUGGCUACUCCCCACCGUGGACGCACUGCAGAGAGAAAACCGUUUUCGGUGUUUUUCGUCCCCUCUUUUGAUUCUGGCGAAGUCUUUCUGCUUUCUCAAACACAUCGCGUUCCGCUCGCUUGCGCCUUGCGUCUGCUCUGCGACCCUUCCCGGUUUGCCCGGCGACUCGAAGUUAAGCUGGUGCAUGCUGUUCGGGAUCUAAACAACUGCAGAAAUUUGCUGUCGCGUGUCUCUGUUUCUCUGCUCGAAAAACGUCCUGCUUUCUUGUGAUCGUGGUCCAGUACCGAGUUUGGUACUUACAUCGCAUCUUCUGAAAACUUUCCUCCAGACGCCAGUACCGCCAGUACUACAUCCGCUCGUCGGCCCCACGAGGCGUGACUGGCUCUCUACUCGGUUUUCGUGGAUAAAUCCAUCUGAAACAGACGCAAAAAACAUCCGUCUGCGAGGCCCUCUCCAGAACAGGCAAACGAGGCUUUCGUCUUGCACUUGCGUCUUCGCUUUUCGACCCUUGGAAACGUCAACUCGUGAAACGGGGCUGAUCGCCAGCAUUCACGACUUGUAUCUGCCUGUAACGAGAACUGGCCUGCCUCUCACAGACACCCACUGAGAGCGACAAAAUGGGGAAACUUGUGGUCCCUUCGGAUAUUUCUUUGUUGGAGGAGAAACAGACUGUGGGUCGGCGUCGGCUGUCCGUGCUGGAGCGUCUGGGGCUGAUGACUAUGCCACCUAUGAUUCACUGGAACUACACAAAAAAUGACAAGCAUGACAUGCGCCAAGUUCUGCAACGGCAGUACGAUCUGAGCUGUUCAGACCCCGCAACGGAUAUCGUCGUGAGGCGUCAGGAAAGUAUUCGCAAGCGUGUCGUCGCACACAACGGCGUCUGGGCUGGCGUAGCUGUGAGCACUCUUGUCGGGCACUACUCGUUGCGUCGCUAUGACUACAAAACAAAGCUCAUUUUGCUUCCCUUCAUUGCCUACGGAGGCUCCUGGCUUGGUCGAUUCCUCGCGAACGGCUUGACUGGACGCUGGUCCGAGUGGGGUCGGGACCGCGCUUUGGGAGAGUUGCCGCCGAAAGCCUACUUUGAAAAGUAGAUGCGUGUGCAGGGAAUUGGUGGAGAGGACUGGCUGGAAGAUUGCUCUGAGGAGAGGCGGGGGUGACCCUUUUUCUAAAUGCGUUUAGAGACGGCGAAAAAUAUGUUUAGAAACGACGCGAGCCGCGGAAGUAAACGAGACUGCAACACACAAAACUGCCGGAACCCGACCAGGGAACAAACACAUGUUACGUUUUAGGGAACCAAGCGGAACAGGCUCUUUCUGCUUUUCACGCGGAACAGAGCUAUUGAAAGCGUUGCUGUGUAGGUCGGGGUGGUAGGGCGGUGCGCGGCGUAGCGUGAAAACACGAGGUGUACACCACUGAAGUGCCCAGGUGAGAAGGAACUUGAUAUUUUCUCUCUCGGGCGCAAACGGAUCUGUUUCAUCGGGGAGUUUCGGUUUUUUUGGAAAACGAAUUGUGGAUUAUGUGACCGGUUGUACCCGUGAAAACACACAUGCUGAAGCGCGAAACACUUUGUUCGUACAAAGAGUUAAAAAGGACGCUUCAACUGCGAGUGGAAGCGACCAUGCUAGAUGAGGGCUGGAGAAGUUGACCAGGUGCGUGUGGGUCGCAGAAGGUAGACAUGGCGGAGCAGGCGAAGUCGAAUGCGCAACAGCGAGCAGGGCGCGACCAAUGAGACCAUAAGCUUGUCAUAGAUUUUGAGCAGUGUUUUUUUGCGAACAGAAUCACUUUCCAUACACCGGUUCUUCCCGGAAAUCGCUUCCUUCUCGAAAACAAACUCUUCACGUGACACCUAGAUGCUUGAAAACAACGAAUAUACGUAUGAGUCACAUAAUCCAUUUUUGGUC